AUGAGCCGGCGGCAGCAGGCGCGGGGCAGCUGGGGGGCCCCCAGCACCGCGGGGAGGGGCGGAGGCGGCGGCCGGGGAAAGGGUGCGAACCACCUCCCGGACAGGUGGAAAGAUUACCUCCCAGUUGGACAGCGGAUGCCUGGGACACGUUUCAUUGCUUUUAAAGUUCCUUUAAAAAAGAGUUUUGAAGAAAAACUUGCUCCAGAAGAACGCUUUUCCCCAUUGGAUCUUGUUAACAAAAUAAGAGAACAGAAUGAAGAGCUUGGUUUGAUCAUCGAUUUAACAUAUACACAGCGCUAUUAUAAACCAGAAGAGUUGCCAGAGGCUCUUCCUUACUUAAAGAUUUUUACUGUUGGACACCAGGUGCCUGAUGAUGACACAAUUUUUAAAUUCAAAUGUGCCGUGAACAAAUUCUUGAAAGAAAACCAAGAUAAUGACAAACUUAUUGGAGUCCACUGUACACAUGGUUUAAACAGAACAGGAUAUCUUGUUUGCCGGUAUUUGAUUGAUGUUGAAGGCAUGAAACCAAAUGAUGCAAUAGAGUUGUUCAAUAGAUGUCGAGGACAUGCUAUAGAAAGGCAAAAUUACAUUGAUGACCUCCGGCAUGGACCAAUCAGAAAGAAUGAUGGUACUUUAAGGUCAGAACAUUUUGAAGAAUCAUUUAUUAAGAGGAGAAACUUUUACAACACCCAUGAAACUGAUUAUCACGGACCUAGACGGACCUUCCAUUGGUCCCGAGACUUCCGCUCCCAGCCCCAAGACGACUUCCAUUACCAGGCUCAGGAGUUCCAUUCUCAACCCAGAGACUUUAGAUCCCAUCGUCGAGAGUUCCACUCACAGCCCCGAGAUUUCUACCAGUCAUCCAGGAAAAACCAAUACAGACGGAAUUAUUCUUGCCAAAAUGUGGGAAGCCAUCCCCCUUUGCCUCCUCCAGGCCCACCUAGAGAGGACUAUUCUCAGAGCAGAUAUACUUGGAAUCUAAAACCCAACUAUAACCUCCCUCCUUGGAACAAAAGACAGAAACUUAACAGUUAUAAUGGACCAUAUUUUUCAGACCAGUGGGGAACAGAUAGACAACCACAGAUAUGUAGAAAUCAAAUGGGAGAAAAUAGUUGGCAUGACGUUUAGUCAGGCCAAAUCCAGGGAGGGUUGCCAUCUAUUUCAUUGCUUUCCCAGGCAAGCAUAGGGAGAAAUUGUAUUUUUGACCACUUUGCUGAUCGGGUUGAAGUGUGUUUGAUGGUGAGUUUUUUAAAAUCCCAAGUCAUACCUGAAAUUUUUAAAACAAGAUGGUAUUUUAGAUUUUGGCCAGUGAGCAAAGAGCCUCCACUGCAGAUUACCAAAAAUUAACAUGCAUAUCUAGAUUUGCCAGUUAAACUGUUUUUGUUGCUUUAUUAUUUUGUUGACAUUUUUAAGUGGCCUUCAUUAUGUUAGUUAUUGGCCUAUUGUUGCUAACACCAUUUUUCUUAUUAUGUUUAGAAUUAAGAUUACAACCUGCCUAGGAGACAGUCUCUUUAGAUUUAGGCCUGUGGUGGGUGUUCUUACAGGGCCUUCUAGAGUGGGUGCUCUGAGUUGGUGGUGCCCAAGGGCUAGGGCUAGGGCCUAGGCAGACAACUCCGGGAAUGUGAUGUGAUUUUUUUACCUAAAGAAAUUCAGGUUCUCAUGCCUGGGUUUGUGCUAACCACACCUGUUAGUAAGAGCAAAAUGAACUAAAUUGCCAGUUUAUAGGAGAAAAUAGACCUCCUAACAUAACUGACAUCUGCCAUUGGCAUGGGACAGCAGCAGUGUGGUGCACUGGUCUUGUCAAGAAGACCUGAGUUCAAAUCCAGGUCAAGUACUUGAUGGUUUUUUGACCCUUGACAAUCACCUAAGUUCCUUGGGCCUCUGUUUCCUUAUCUUUAAAAUGAGAGGUUGGGAAUCAGUGACUUCCACAGACCCUUCUAGCUCUGAACUUGUGGUCCUAGUGGGUCAACUUACACACGUAACAAUUAUAAACCAUAAGAUUCUUUGUCAAAGAGGAAAAAGAAAUCAGAAAGGGAAAUGAGAGACCCAAAAGGAUACUUCUAUCACUUAGUCUAAUCUAGCCUCAUGCUCUUCUCUACUCCAGGAAGCAUCCUGGUGGCAACUUCUUUUCUCUGGGGCUCUCUCCUCUUUACCUGUUCUUAGUCAGUCACCCAGCACUGCCAAGCUUGGGGCCAGGCUUUCAUUCUGAAUUGGUGGCUUCGGGAUGACAUUUAAGGAGGGCUCCGGCCUCAUCAGUAGCUCAUCGAUUGCUUCUAUGGAGUCUGAGGCCCAGUACUGGUCCAUCCACUUGAGCUUGUGUGACCUUGGGCGAGUCGUGGGCUGUUAGACGGAUAGAUGGAAGGGUCCUUGCAAGCCACUUUGGCCAAGGACACAUGGAGAGUAAUCAUCAAAGGGGGUUUUUGAACCCAGGUCCUCGAAGUCUGCAGCCAGUGCUUGCUUAUUCCACUGGGCCAAGCUGCCUCCCACUCCUCUAACUUCCAGACCCCUUUGCCCUUUGCAAAACUGAGCUAAGGACACCUGCCCUCCCUCUCCGGUGUGUUGUGAGGCCUGAUAGCAAUCUCCUGUCCCAUUUGCUUUGUAAGUCGUUAAAGGCUCUACAGAAUGGCCACUACUGGUGUGUCCUGGCCACCCUCUUGUGGCUUCUGCAUCGGGUUUACCCUUGAGAAAGCACUUCCAUUGCAACUGCCUGUUGAAGCAUUAUGCCCACUUUAUAAGAUAAGCAAACUGAUAGUCAUUGUAAAAAAUGACCUCGGACCUUCCUACCAUCACCUCAGCCAAGAAGGAGUUUCUGUUGGGCUGCCAGUCUUGCUAGUGCUGUUGCCUCCAAAAGAAAAGCAAGUUCUGUCUUUCAGUUCCUUGCUCCAUGCCCAGUUUAUUUCCUUUCUCCCUGGCCUACAUCUGGAAGAGCUCAGAUCUUUCAGCAAUCACCUCUGCUAAUGUGCAUGGAAGUGAGCAUGCGUUCAGUCUCGCACUUGUGCUCAAGAAAUCACCUGCAUAAGCCCAGGAGAGAGGGCAGAGCCACUGUGUUUUCACAUGUGGAGUCAGCUCUUCACUAAGCAGCAUCCAACAGGCCUCUGCUCCAGUAUGUGUAAGUGAGCCACAGUGCCAGCCAGGCAGCACUGAAGAACCCGGCCUGGUCAAAGCUGGGCUGCUGUGAGCUUUUUGUAGUGAUGGCUACAGAAAAGGGACCUUACCCAGAAGUCCUGCUAUCCAUGCCCCUCCAGCUGUACCAAGAAAACUUGGGAGGCAAAUGAGAGCAACAAGAAAAGAGCUGAGACUCUCAUGCAGGCUCUUCAGGGAGCCCACCAAUGGCAGCCUACAAGAAGAAGAAAAGCAACAUUGCUUUUGUUGCUUUGUGAUGAGCAUACAUAAAAGUGAAAGAACUGGAAGGAAGAAACCCCAGAAGGACAAAGUGAAUGUUCAGAAAACUGAAAGUAAUUGGUGCUUUCAUUUGAGUUCUUAAAAGACCCCUGUAGAAGCCUUUUAAUUAAAGAAUCACAUUGCCAAGCUUAA